AUGGGUGGCGAGGACUUCGAACGGGCACUCGCCAAUCGCGUGAAUACACGUUGCAACAAUAAUCACCUCAAUUCACCAUUUGCAACGCGCAUUGUCAGCGAGCUGGACGCUCUGUUAAAUGAGCACAACGAAUUGUUGAAAUUAUUCAAAUCACAUAUGCAUAAGCUACAAAGUGACAAUCACGCUAUUUUCAUCAAUCCUGAUAGAACACCAGCUGGAGGGCAUAUACGUCGAUUCAACGCACCUGUUGUUGACGACGUGGCUGGAAUCAUGGUUGGCGACCAUACAGCUACGCGACAAAUCGUGAUUCGAAGAAGAAAUAAUUCUCUUCAGUCCAUUCCUGAUACCCAUCGUUUAUAUGAUGCUCUCCAAUAUCCACUCAUUUUUUGGAAGGGACAAGACGGAUAUUGCAUAAACCUUAAGCAACGAGAUCCGGUAACAGGAACCGAAACAAACAAGAAUAUUAGCUCAAAGGAUUUCUAUUCGUUUCGGUUGUUGAUUAGACGUGGUCAGGAUAAUAUCAUUCUACGAUGUCGUGAGCUUUGCCAACAAUUUAUGGGAACAAUUUUGCCAGGAACGCUGAUACUGCCGAAAUCGGUAACUCUGUCAUCCUACCAUUAUCGUACAUAGGUAGUCCACGUCACAUGCAAGAAUACAUACAGGAUGCUAUGACCUUCGUACGUGAAUAUGGACGACCGUGCUUUUUUAUUACUUUUACAUGUAAUCCAAAAUGGCAGGAAAUUACAUCGUUAUUAUUACCUGGACAAAGUGCAAUACAUCGUCAUGACAUUACAGCACGUGUGUUCAAACAAAAAUUAAAGUCUCUAAUAAGCUUUAUUACAAAAUUGCAUGUAUUUGGCCCUACACGUUGUUGGAUGUAUUCGGUUGAGUGGCAAAAGCGAGGAUUACCUCAUGCUCACAUCUUGAUUUGGUUUAUCCAUAAAAUACGCCCUGAUGACAUCGAUAGUUUAAUUUCUGCAGAGAUUCCAGAUCCAUCCACUGAUCAAUUACUGUUUGAUAUUGUUACUGCAAACAUGAUUCAUGGCCCUUGCGGAGAUCUGAAUCGUUCAUCGCCUUGCAUGGUAGACGGAAAAUGUACAAAGCGUUUUCCUAAAGAUUUCAUCAACGAUACGGUUACAAAUGUAGACGGAUAUCCAAUAUAUCGUCCAAGGAGUACCGAAAAUGGCGGACAAUCAUUCAUUAAAACUAUCAACA